CGUCGCGGGGCUCCAGGGCGGCGGCGGCGGCGGGCGAUGCUCCAGUGGUCGAAGCAGCCAUGGAGGCCGAGGCGGGCGGCCUGGAGGAGUUGACGGACGAGGAGAUGGCGGCGCUGGGCAAGGAGGAGCUGGUGCGGCGUCUGCGGCGGGAGGAGGCGGCGCGCUUGGCGGCGCUGGUGCAGCGCGGCCGCCUGAUGCAGGAGGUGAAUCGGCAGCUCCAGGGCCACCUGGGCGAGAUCCGCGAGCUCAAGCAGCUCAACCGGCGCCUGCAGGCUGAGAACCGCGAGCUGCGCGACCUCUGCUGCUUCCUGGACUCGGAGCGCCAGCGCGGGCGGCGCGCGGCGCGCCAGUGGCAGCUCUUCGGGACCCAGGCGUCCCGGGCUGUGCGCGAGGACCUGGGCGGCUGCUGGCAGAAGCUGGCGGAGCUGGAGGGCCGCCAGGAGGAGCUGCUGCGGGAGAACCUGGCACUUAAGGAGCUCUGCCUGGCGCUGGGCGAAGAGUGGGGUCCCCGCGGCGGCUCCAGUGACGCUGGCGGCUCCGGCCCCGGGCCGACCCCGGAGCUCGCCCUGCCCCCCUGCGGGCCCCGCGACUUGGGCGAUGGGAGCUCCAGCACCGGCAGCGUGGGCAGCCCGGAUCAGCUGCCCCUGGCCUGCUCCCCUGAUGACUGAGGGCGCAGCUUCCUGGCCACCGGAGCCCGCCCGGAUUGCUCCCUGCACGCCGGGAUUUCGGUGGACCUCGGGACCAGGACGCCGCCCCGGCUUUGCCCGAGAGGCGGCCGGCAUGGACUCAGAAACUCUGACACCGAAGGGAGCCCCUCACUCUCACGGGUGGGGCGACAAUGGGACUGGAGGCUGGCACGGAUGACCCUCCGGGGGCUGGGUGGGGACGAAUAAACUGGGUCGGAAGCGGGCCCCAAGGCUUA